CCCAUUCACAACACUUUUGGGAGCCAUAGGUAAAUUGGACUGUUUGGGCGGAAUGGACAACACACCAUUAAAUAGCAGUUUUGUUUUAACUAUGCAAGUCUUUGAUAUACCAUCCGUUGGAAAGUAUCCUGCUUUUUUACUUGGAAUUGCUAUAUACUUUUUUUCUGUUCUCUGUAACCUGGCUGUUUUAGUUGUAAUUGUUGUAGAACGUCGUCUACACACACCCAUGUAUAUCAUACUCUUCAGUCUACCUCUCAAUGACUUGAUAGGAAUCACAUCUGUGGUGCCACAGGUAGUGUUAAGCAUUCUGACUGAAAGAAACAUGACUUAUUACCCUUUAUGUGUCUUUCAGGCAUUCCUGACCCACAUGUAUGGGGGUGCAGUGCUGCUUAUAUUGACAGCCAUGGCUUUUGAUAGGUAUAUUGCAAUUUGCAACCCUUUAAGAUACAACACAAUCAUGACAACCCACACUGUAAUAAAACUCAUUGCAUUAGUUUGGGGGUUUGAUUUCAUUUUGAUCGGCACACUUUUUGUCCUACUGUUAAGGCUGCCUACGUGCCGAAACAAUAUCUCAAAUGUGUUUUGUGACAAUCCGUCCCUUCUUAAACUGACCUGUGCAGCCACCGUCGUAAAUAACAUUUAUGGGUUGUUCAUUACAGCUGUUCUGCAAGUAAUAAGCAUAUCUGCAGUGAUAUACACAUACAUUAAAAUCCUUCUCACGUGCUUAGUAAAGAGACAAGCUGAUGCCAGGAGUAAAGCAAUCAACACAUGUGUAUCACAUUUACUUGUUUUUGUUCUUUUUCAAUUUGUGUCUGCUUUUACAAUACUUUCGUACCGAUUUGAGAACAUUUCUUCAAAUUUACGAAAAAUCACGUUCAUGUCUUUAAUGCUCUUUCCUCCACUCCUGAAUCCACUAAUAUAUGGCUUGAAAACAAAAGAAAUCAGGAAUACAUUAAUGAAGGUUUUUAAAACCAGGGUGUUGAUAAAAUAAUUCAGCCUGUCAAAUAUUGCAAAAACUAAAAACAUUAUACAAUGUUUCAAUGUUUUGUACAAUAAAAUAUAUAUAUAGACAUACACCAUGAUGUACUGGCACCUGUAUUUUCAGUUGGCUGCCAAACAACCUUUUCGUCUCUGACUUUAGGAUCAACAGCAUUCAUUUAGGGGUGUUGCACAGUCCUGGACAUGUAGUUUACAAGAUCUUAAAUUCUUUGCUUUUUAGAGAUAAUAAAAAGAAUUCAUAACACUAAAAAGUGUAAACGAGGUUUGAAGAGUUUUUUCAUUGGAUCUUUUGCUCAGUGGAGUUUCAUUCAGCUUCAAGUCACAUAUGGUCUCUAACACUGUGAACAGUAGAGCUGGACUGUACCAUUGGUGUAUAUACGAUAAAACAGAUUCACCGUAAAUAUGCAUACUCUAGCUUCAGAGAGGUCUCUACUAUGGCUUUCUUUUUACCAUCACUGAAAUAUGAUUUGUGGGUGGGCGCAAAGCAGCUUUCUAAGCGUACCACAUAUGUGGACAUUUGGAGGAAACUUCAGGACUUUUUGAUGUUUUUCACACACAGGACUGACAGCAGGUUGUGGCAGCAGAUACACUUUGCUGUAAGUCAAUUCUGUUGUAAUAAAAAGCUAAGCCAGUUGAAAUUUAGCAGUCCCCAAAUUGCUCUGUAUGUCAUGGAUCAACCUUCAAAAACACUUAAAACUAUCUGAUUACAUCUCAUUUUAAAAAUCAGGUUGGAAAUUUUAUUUCUGAUAAAUGUACUUUUUUAAAAUUAAUUUUAAAGUUGCAAAUAAUCCAAUGAAAUGUACUGAUUAAUUACUUUUUAAUAGUAUUAUUAUUUUUGAAAUGUUCAUGUUAAUCUAUGUAGUUCUAUGUGUGUGAUUGUUUCUGUAUUGCUGCUUUCUUGGCCAGGUCUCUCUUGAAAAAG